CACACACAACUUAAAAAAAAAGAAAAAAGCAUUUCGUUUGGCAUCGUCACACUGAUAAGAAAGGAAUAAAAGGAAAGUUGGUAAGUGUAUGAUGAGUGAGUGAUAAGUGUAUGGCGAGUGAGUGAUUUCCGAAGUAGAAAAAUGGAAGAAGGAGAAAUGAUUUUUCAUGGCAUGAAGAGAAAACAACUGCAAGCGCUUUGUAAAAAGCAUGGAAUUCUUGCCAAUAAAUCCAAUGCCGAAAUGGCUCAUUUGUUGACUUUGACUCUCAAGGCAAAUGAAAAUCCCAUAACGCAAGGUUAUGGUGAAGUACCAAACGAGAGUGAUUCCACGAAUGUGCCUAAAAAAUCAAAGAAUGUUAAAUUCAGCCCUGAUGUUGAAGUACGUGAAUACGAGCCUUCGGUGUAUAAAGGAAGGAAGAGGAGCUUGGUUGAUUCAGGGAAAGUUAAUGGUUCUCUCCCUAGAGCUAGGAAUAGAGUGCAGAGAACAGUUGAAAGACAUGUAGAUAAGGUUGUUUUGCCGGUUGUUGGGAAAAAGAGAGGAAGAGGAGGAGAGAAGAAAGGGAGUGUUGGAGUGGAAAAUGUUGAUUUUAGUGAUAAGCCACAACCUCCUGCAAUUACGAAGGAUGGAGGUGCUCAACUCGUGAAGGGUGGAGAUAAUUUGAGUAGGAGGCAAUUGAAAAGUAGAGAGGUGGUGAUUGAAAAGAAUGUGGAAGGGGGUGAGGGAGAUUUGGUUGUUUCGAGGAAGAAUUCGAAACGGGGAGUUUCUAGAAAGAGAGGGAAUAGCGAGGGGAGUGCUUUGUUGGAUGAAGUUUCUCUAGAGAAUGUAAGUGCAAACGACGAUGCUAAACCUGCAAAUGUCCCGUCGAGACCAAGAAGAAGUGUUAGGAAGAAUGUAAGCACUUCAUUAUUGAGUGUAGAGUUGGGAAAAAGUGGAAUUGUUGGCAGGACUACUCGAUCACGGGCGAGGGUAGAGAAUACUUCUGUAGCUGAUAAUAAAGCUCAAACCUUCGAGGUUCAUGAUGAAUGUGAAAAGGUUCUCCAGACUGAAGAACCUUUGAAGGGUAUCGGUAGUUAUGCUUUGGGAAGAAAAUCUUUUGUGCCUCAGAAGGGGGUGGCAGUAGAAAUUCUAAUUGAUGAAGGUGUUGAAUCAGGGAAGGGUAACAGGCGUUCAAGAAGAAAUGCUAGGAACAAGGAAGGUACUUCAUUAUCGAGUGGAGAUUUCAGCAAAACUGAAAUUGUUGGCAGGACUACUCGGUCACACUCUAAGUUGGAGGAAAAUACUUCUUCCCUUACUGCAAAUAAAUCUGAAACCAUUGAGCGUCAGGGUAAAUGUGAAAAGGUUGUUCAAGAUGAAGAAUUGUUGAGGGAUUUGGGUAGAUAUACUUUGAGACGUAAAUCUAUGGUGCCUCCGAAGGGAGUAGAGGUAGUAACCUUGCCUGAAGAAGGUCUUGAAUCUGUAAAGGAUAUCAGGCGAUCAAAAAGAAACAUGGUAAAGGAUACAGAUUCCAAAUCUAUUAUGCAAGUUGCUAUUAGUAAGAGGGCAAAGUUUGGAGCUCAGGUUGCAGGGAAUGCUUGUGCAGUUGAAAGUGCAGUUGAGGUUACCAAGGUUAACAAGGAGCAGAACAGGGCUGUUCAGCUUGGGGAAUCUUUGAAGGCUCAAGGUAGAAAUGCUUCAAGACAGAAACAUGUUACAGCUCAAAAGGGCAAGGUGGAAAGUGAAGGGCCAGAGGUAAAAAGGGAAACCAGGAAGCAACCAAGGAAUCCAUAUUUGAAGGCAGUUAACGAGGUUGAAGCUUCUGUACAGUCUAGAGGUGGGAUUGAAAAGGCUGCGGUACCCAUUGGCCAUCUGAGGAGGUCCAGACGCAACACUGUUGUGUCAAGCUCUACUUUUGCCACCGAUGAAUUAGGAACUGUUGAAGCUGUUGGUAAGGUUGGGCAACUGAAACGAAAGCGUAACCCAAUGAUGGAGAAAGAUGCUUCUGCUGUUGUGGGUGAAUGUUUAGUUGGUAAACCUUCAAGACAAUCCACAAAACGUGCCUCUAAAAGUGACUUGGUUGGAUAUACCUUCCUGGACAAAACUGUUGAAAAGAAGGAACAGAGUAUAUCUGCACUUCCAACUAUGGUAGAGGAAGCUAUAUUUACUGAAGAAAUGCGAAAUCAGGACACUGGAUUGAUCUUGCCAGAAGCGACAGGGGACAAAUAUAAUUUCAGUUCGAACCGCUGGGAGGAAGUUUUUAAAACUUCUGACAAGAAGGGGUCUCAGAGUAAAACAAGUGAAUUGAGAAGAACCAGUUUCUUCGAAGUCUCUGCAUUAUGCUCUGACAUUCAGGAGGGCAUAUAUAGAAAAACAAUUUUGCAGGAAACUUCGUCUCCAACAUCAAUAUCACUAACGCCAGUAUCUGCUUGUGCAAACCAAGAAACGCUAAAGAAUGCAAGUCAGCCUGCAGUCCUUAACGAGGAGGCUAAUAUUGUCGUAGGUGACAUGGAGAAACUUGACGUGGAUGAUCCAUCAUGCAGAUCUACAGAUGACGGUGCAGAUUCUGGGUUGGAGAAAGGACUUGAAAGAAAAGAACUGGGAGAAGACUUACGCUUAGAAAGUCGCGAUGUCAAUGAUUGUUCAACUGAAGUUGAUAGAACAUUUGCUCUGGAGGAUGGUAUCUGUGAUCUAGAAAAUACUGGACAGAACAUUACAGCAAAUAACAAUGAGUAUGAAGAGGCACCUUGUGAGGAUAGAGCAUCACCAGCUGCUGGUGAAGAGAUGGUCAGUUUGAGCACUGGAAUAAACUUACAGGAGAAUGGUGAUGUCCUUACCGAAGCUGCUGAAGAGAAACAAAAUCUUAUUUCAGAGGGAAACUCUGGCGAUGUUUCUCAGGUUUCUAGAGGAACACGCAUACAUGAACUUUUAGAUGGAGAAGGAACCUGUCUGAGUGUCCCAGAACAAGGCACCGAUGAAGGUGAAAAUUGUUCUGCAGCCACUGUACCUUCACAAUCCACUGGUAUUGGCAAGCAAAGAUUGUCCUUUUCUUCAGGUGAUGCCUCUGUGGGCAGGAACAUACUACAUCAAGAUGAGAAAUCAACAACAAAGAGUAAUUCAAGUUGUAAGGAUGGAAAGCAUGUUCUGGAGGAAAAGGAAGCUGCUUCAGAUGCUUUGCCACAAUUUUCUCUGAAGGAAUUGCAAGAUAAAAAGGAGGAUAAUAUUGCAAUAACAAGAGAAACUGAAGUCACCUUGCACAGUGACAGUGACAUAGUAUCAACUGGAGUGAAUGCUUCACCGAUGCUUUCUGAGGAGCUCAGUUGUUACAAUGAGAUGAUUGCAAAAAUAAACUGCAGCAUUGAUGCUACCGUUGAUGCGCCUAUUAGCAAGUUCCAUGAAACUGUUAUGGAUAUGAACGGUGGCCGAGGCAUGGAUGAAGAGUCGGAUGUUGAACAAUGUGAAACUAAGGGAGAAGAAUCAGGAUGCGCUGUAGUAACUGAGCACGGUGAUGACAGUGGUUGCCAGAAGGUGUCUGCAAAGGUAAAUGCCAACGCUGAUUCCUGUUUAGUUCAUUUGGGUUCUGAAGGAACGGAAGGUUUUGAAGGGAAAACAUUUGAUAUGAUGAUGGGCCGUUCUAGUGACUUCCGUGUAUCAAGUAAAGAGAUGGUCAAUGGUACAAAUAUGGCUAGAGAACAGUGCGCUCACGUUGUCAGGAAGGAAACUGCAAAUGAUGCUCUCUUAGCUGAGCUUUGUGAUUACAGCAGCGGCGAGGAGGUGGCUGCCAAUCUGAAUGGCAAUGCUGAUACAAGUCUGACUCCAGCCAUUUAUAAAGAAAUUGAAAUUUCAGGGCGAAAGAAUGUUGGAUCGUGCGAAAACACUUCUAAGAGCACAAAAGGAAAUAAUAUGUGGACAGACCACGAAACCUUACCUGUAGGUAGUGAUUCCAAUGCUGGCACUUUUGCACAAGGUAUGGAUGAGCACUUAGAUGAAGAGAAAACUGCAGAAAUGAGUGGUGGUGAUCUCUGUGAUCAUAUCAGUAGAGAUGGUGAAGCAGCUGACAAAAAACCACUAAUGGUAACAACCGAAAGAUUGGACAUGUCAGACACACAAAAUGAAGGAACUCCACAACGAAAUAGUCCUUCACGGCCCAGUGAUCUUUGUGAUCGUAUCGGUGGAGCUGGUGAAGCAGUUGACAAAGAAUCAUUAAUGGUGACAGCUGAAAGAUUGGACAUGUCGAACACAGAAGAUGAAGGAACCGCACAAUCAAGUGGUCCUGUGGGGCUUGGUAAGCAGUUUUCAGAUUAUGGUGAGUUUUUGAAAAUUAAUGAUGCUGAUCGCAGUGCUUUCACUGACAUUGCAUUUGCAGAUUGUGAGGGUAUUGGUGAAACAUCAAAUGUAGUUAUGAGCACCGAGCUUGAACCCGGAGUUGAGGCUGGUAAAUUUGAUAAUCUCAAAGAGGGGAAUGCUUUAGAGCUAGAAAGAAGUACUUCCAUUGCUUCAGAAAACCAUAUCUCUAUGGAUGUCAUUGAAAAGGUGGAGGAUGAUUCCAAGUUGAAGCAUAGCAACAUUGAUGAUGAGAAGAAGUACAGCAUUUUUGCUCUCCAACAUGUUACUUCGAAGGGCAUUGCGGAGCACUCAGUUGAGGAACUUCUUCAUGAGAAUAAAGAUGAUUGUAAUGUUGUAUCAAAGGAUGCCAGCAAGAACAUUGAAGCAGAUGAAGCUGGGUCGGUGGCCAUUGGUGGAAAGAUUUGUUUUGAGAAAAUUGACGACAGCAACAACUGGACUGAAGGAACGCCGAUUUCUUUAAAACAAAAAUUAUUUGCCGAGUCAUCUUCUGGAACAUGCGGAAUGGGUUCAUUUACUGAUGCUGUCUCAGUGCUGCAUGUUUUAUUAUCUCAAACAACAGACCAUAUACCCCCACAGCUUCUCACUGGAUCUGAUGCAUCUGCCUCGUUCACCAACUGGGAAUUGAAUUUGAUUCAAGGGAAGACAGAACAAGAUCAAGUUGAAUCUGACGAGGAAGCCUUGAAAGACAAUUUGAUAAGCAACGAUUCUGAGCAUACUACAAAGGUGAACAAAAAUGUUGAAGAAAUCUCGUUCACCAACUGGGAAGCGAAUUUGAUCCAAGAGAAUGGAGAACAAGAACAAGUUGAAGAAUCUGACGGGGAAGCCUUGAAAGACAGUUUGAUAAACAACGAUGCUGAGCAUACAGUAUGGGAGAACAAAAAUGUUGAAGAAAUCCUGUUCACCAACCGAGAAGUGAAUUUGAUCUUAGGGAAUGGAGAACAACAUCAAGUUGAAGAAUCUGAUGGAGUAGCCUUGAAAGACAAUUCAAUAAUCAACGAUCCUUUAGAUGAGCAUGGAGCAGAGACAAGCAUAAGCAACAAUACUUUCGAUGAUGCUCCUCAAGACUUAAAAAUAGACAGUAUCUCCUAUCCUGAAAUUCAAAACACCUGUGAAACAGGAUUGGGUGCAAUAGACAAAGUUAGCUCAGUAACCCCUUCAAAGAUGGGCAUCUUAGAGGAAGUGGGUAUUGGAGGGACUUUGCAACCAGUUAUUCCAGUUGAGGCAUCACCUGAAACGGCUAAAUGUACGCUACAAAAAACAUCUUUAAGCUGCAGCAAACUAGAACAGAACGUGUCUUCAGAACAACUAGUAUUUGAUGAUACCUAUUGCAGCUUACCUGAAAUCACUUCAGUUUGUUUUGUUGUACAGAAAAAUGGUCCCGUGUCUUGUGAAGGCAGGUUUGUACCACAAUUAUAUUGUCAAGAUAUGAGCAAUUAUGGAGGAGAAGAAACAACUUGCAAUAACAGAGGAAGCAAUCCCACAGAGCAGGGUGAAUUCCACAGAGAGGACUAUGAGGUUUUAAUAGCACAAAAUGUCGGAUCUGAGGAAGUUACAGAAGCUUUAAAUGAUGCUACAGACGAUACCAGCUUAGAAACUAAUCGAAGUGAUCCUCGGGAAGUUGCACUAGAGCAAGCCAAUGAGCACCCAGAUGAAGUAAAUGAAUCAGCUCUCAUGAUUGGCCUUGAUUGUCCACCUCAAAAUCAGCAGUCAUGUCAGAGAGAGAGAGAAAGCCACGCCAUAGAGACUGAGGCAGCACAUUGCUUGCAUAAGCUUGAUGUUGGUGUUUUCUCCAAGGAGAUCGUAGACUUUGGAAAUGGCAUUGUGACUUCUCCAUUCAAAUGCCAGAGAGAUGUUGAUUCCCCUGCUGGUUCUUCAUUCAGUGCAUCUCAACAUCAUAUAACAGAAAAUGAUGCCUGGGAGCUGAAUUUAUUUUUUGGAGAGAACGAACAAGAUGAGAAUCAAACAUCAGAUACACGGUUCUUGCUCACCAAUUUGAAAAACGAGGAUGCUGGGAAGGUGGAAGAAAAUAUAGUUGUUACUGAACAAGCCACUGUUCAAGUUGCUGAGGAGCAACAAGGUGAACUAGGGCAAGUAAUGGAUGAGAAAAUUGAAGAGGGAAAACACACAUUCUUCACUAUUUUAGACGAGCUCAACUUUGAAGAUUCCGAAGGUUCAAAGAAGCAAGAUUGUGUUCCCCUCGAGGUUGAUAGCAUUCAAGAGUGUAUUAACUGUGAGAAUCAUGAAAACAAGUCUGUGAAUACCGAGCAUUCUUAUGAUUCCGCGGAAAAAGAAAUCUGGAUAGAUGUUGCUGAGGUGAAUGCUUGUCAUGAUGCUGUUUCAUCAGAGCAAAGGGUGGAAUGCGAUCCAAUCUACCUGAAACAACAUAAUAAUGAAAACCUCAGUGGCGAAGAUGUUGGAGUAACAAAGGACUUGAGUGUGGAUGUGUCGUCCAAACCAGAUGCACCCAUUUGGGAUCAAUCUCCGGAAAUCACCAAUUCAGCUAUUAGUGAAAUUGCUGUUGGCGAUGACCAGACGCGUCAAAUGAAGUUGCCAUCACCUCAAAAGACAACUUCAUGUGCAGAAGACGAAGAAAGCCAUAGCUCGGAUGCGAAACAGUUGAACACUUCAAUGGUUAAAGGGAAGAUCAAUAAAACUGGUUUUGUUCAAGCUACUCCCCGGAAGAUGGUUACUUAUACCGGCAUGAAAGAAAACCUGGCAAGUAUCAAGAGGGAGCAACGUGGUAAUAUGACAGCUCCGAACGCAUUAUCAAAGAGGCGGGCUCUGGGGAAUCUCAGAAACAAUUAGAUUUUAGUGGCCCCUUCUGGUUUUUGGUUGGUUAUUUUUAGUUAUUGCUUUCAGAUAUGAGCAUAUCUCAUGCAUCUUUUACCGGAAUAUGGAAACUCUGUUUUGGUUGCGCAGAAUUUAGAUUUAUUCGUGUAAUCUAUGUCUGAUCACCGAUUUCUUGAGCAACGAAAUACUUAUUAAUAUAUUUCCCGAGUUUGUGUUUCUUUUC